AAACAUUUUUGGGAAGUUUUAAGUUUAUAAAGGAAAACUCGGGCAAUUUCGAUCAAGGUUGGACAAAUUUUUGUCAGCCGUUGGCGGCCUAUAUGUGCAUGACAUCGCAAAUAUAGAUUAAAUCAUUAAUUUCAUAAUUAUAUGUAUUCUUCACAGAAUGGCAAAGCAGCAUUAUAAUACCAUCGUGAUGGCAAGACGAUAGCAAAUUAUAUAUCCAAAGAUGAUUUCUUCGACAUAAAUAAAUUAUUGCAUUGCUGGGAAUUAAAUAGUCAAAAGAUUGGAAGGCUCUUCAAUAUAUUCAAAUUAAAUCGAAACCAUUUACCGUAAUGCCAAUGUUUAAUGAUAAUAAAUUUCGAAUGACCAGAUCAGUGCAACUCGCUACAGCGCGUAAUUACAUGGAACGAAGACGGCUCGGUCAAACCAUUCUGCAGUAUCAAAAAGAAAGCAGAGAAAUUAUGAAACAGCUAAGGGAUAGACAACAUAGCUUCUUGAAAGCAAAAUACCCGCACAUUGCUGCAAUGAACAGUCUUCAAAUGAUGGGCAAGGACGAUUUUAAUCCAAGACCGAGUACAAAAAGAUGUAAUGAAAUUAAUUCAAGUCGAGAAACAAGACUGGUGUCAAAAUCUGUAACGUACGUUAAAAAAGAGAUAAAUACGUCAAGGAAUAACAGAGGGCGGACAGCAAAAUGUUCGCCAAAUGAAACUGAGAGGAUUUAUCGAAAGCAGAAAAGUACAAUUUCGUUGCCUUCUUUAACAAGUCGACACAUCAAGCAAAAUAGGAAUUUGGAAAUUAAAUACGUUACGACUAGAUUACCACCAUUAGACGAGUUUCGUUUAUAAUAGAUAAAGUUAUUUGGAAUGGAAGAGACUUGGAGCAAGUUGUUUUAUUUUAUACAGAAAGACACUAUUGCAAGGAAUACGAAAAGACACUGUUGCAAGGAAUAUAAACAGCCUGUUCAAAUGGACCCAAAUAAUGGUGGCCCAACAUUUUUCAACAAUGUUGAAAUAUUUCGUUCGACACUGUAUACGGUAACUGUUUAUUUUUCAAGUCUAAUAGGUAAACCACUGAGAAGAUUUAACCAAAUUGUAAAUCUGUGACUGUGUUUUGAAACAUUUGUGAAAGAAACAAUGUCAAGCAUUUCUUGAAAAUUGUUGGAUAUGAUUUCGGCCCAAAAAUUCAAUGUAUAUAUAUAUAUGUAUAUAUAAAAAAUUCAAUGUAUAUAUAUUAUAGAGACGAUGUAUUUUUACA